UCUUAAACUCACUACGAUUGGUUUUAUUUUUAGAUCGCUACAAACUAAAUAUUUCGUACAUAUUUUAAAAAUGGAUAAAAAAUCGAUGUAUCGUCCUGUUAAAAGUUCUGCUUCCAAACAUGAAGUAAAAGGACUUGCUCAGGGAAAACCUUCACAACGGACCUCAAAUCUUAAGAUAACAAAUUCUUUAUCUGAAGCUCAUGGUGAUGUUAAUUCAAAUGAGAUUCAACCAGGUGAUGCUAAGAAAUCCACCAAAGUAAAAGUAAUCUGCCACGCCCCAGGUGUUGUCCAUUCUAACAUUGUGAAGAAAGCUGGUAAACCACAUACUGUAGCUGUGGAUGUUCCACCUACUAUUUAUAUCACAUCGGAAGAUGUAGAAAAUAGCAUUAGUGUUCAACAAGCUGGCCAAAGUGUUGAUGGAUGUCAAAGCCAAGGUGCAACAGCAACACUACAAGGUGAUGGUGUUAAUACGCAAAAUACUGAUCCCAAAAAAGUGAUCCAUCGAAAGAAACGAGGCAAAGUGAUUCAAUCUCGUUAUAUGCAAUCUGCGAGUUUAAGAAAAAAUGUAAAAUCAUUAAAAUCUGACUCUGCAGCGCCAAUGGCAGAUGAAAAAAGCUCAAACUCAGUAACAAAACAUGGGAGUUUGCCAACAGCAGUUCAAACACCGCCAAAGCAAAAGAUAAAACGAGAGAAAGAACUCAAUGCUAAAUCGUCCACCCCAACUGCUGGCUUCAAAUCUUUUUUCGAAUCCGAUGUUUCGACAAUACAAACGGCACAAACAACACAAACCAAUGAAAAAGUUAUCAAACCACGUCAACCCAAACCAGCAACCUCAAAUGAAGAAAUCACUCAACUGGAUCUUGACUUGAGGUUUGGCGAGUAUUUACGCGCAGUUUAUCUACAUGAGACGCUGAAGACAUCUGCAGAUAAUCGACAGAAAAAGGCGAUGAAUGAUCUGAGAAAGUUAACCGCUGUCAAUAUUUCAUUGGAAGAAGAAUUGACAGAGUUACAAAUGGAGCUUGCUACACUUGAACGUGAUUCAAAACUGAAUGAAAUGAUUGAAACACAAUGCAGUGUAUUAGGGCCAGUGGUUAAUCAAUUAACUGCUACUACAGAACGAUAUAACUGUCUUGCUGAAAACAUCGAUAGCACAAGACAUGGCCUUCAGUUAUCUGGGGCAAUGUUACCAGAUGAAAAGAGCUUGUGUGAAGUACUCGAGAAAACGAAUGAAGCAGCAGCUGAAACAAUAGCACUUUUAAGAACUCAUGUUGAACCAUGCUCGGAGGCUGCAAGUUCUUUUAACGAACUCGCAAAUCUAAUCUUGAAAGAACAAAUAAUUGCAAAUGAAACUAUGCUUAAAUUAAAGGAGGCAACUGCAAAGAGCAAUCGUGAAUUAAAUUUAAAAUAUCAGCUUAGCACAUUAGAUGCAUCGUAGGUGUUGAAUAUUGUAUUCCAAAAGACCAACAAUUAUUUAUUUAAAUAUUGUUUAUUAUUAGUAUUUUUUGUUUUUGAUUGAUGGUUUAUAUGAUUAAUAAAUUGGAAUUGCAUUAAACAAUUGUAAAAUUAAUAUAUAAACUGAAAUCCAAUUGAAGAACUGUGAAAUUAGUAUAUAUGUGCGCUACUGUUUCUACCGCACACUUUACGUUUGUACUAGCAGUAUAAAUUGCUUUUCUCGAGCAGUUGUUCCUUUGGGGAUUGUAUGUUUCCUUUAUACUAUUAUAGACCUGUUGGAAUGUCGUCUUUUGAACAUUUUUGAAUAAAAUCAUAAUAUAU